UCUUUAUUGGAAAUGUAAUGGCGGGUUCAUGUACAAUAAGGAAAUCUUUCAUCUGUCGAAAAUUCCUAUAUCCCUAGGAUUGCCCCUUUAAUGGGUACAAAAUGUAGGCUUCCAAAAUGUUAGUUUUUCCAUUGUUUUCUAUAAAUUGAGUACACUGAGCACAGAUAAGGCAUUAGUAUGCUAGAAAAAUUACAGAACACAUGUCGCAGAACACUGAAGAUCGCAAGCUCAAGCACCUCUUCGAUGGCGGCGCUUGGAAUGUCUACGAGCCGGACAUCCUAAAUCUCGGAGUUGGGGCACCGGGAACGGAUCUCCUCAGCUCCAAUUGCGACAACUUCAGGAAGGCCACGGACCAUUGUCUGCAACGGGAAUUGAGGGACAACCAGUCGCUGAUUUUCCAGUAUGGACCAACCAGUGGGGCGUUCGAGGUGCGCCAUGAGAUUGCUACAUACUUUAGUGAAAUGUAUGGAAGCCCCGUCAAAAGUGAGGAUCUUAUGAUAACCACGGGAGCUACCCAGGGCCUUCACUUGCUUCUCUCGACGGUGGUCGACUUCCAGGGCUUUAUAUUUGUGGAUGAGUUCACCUAUAUGAUAGCCCUGGAUAGCAUGAAACAUUUUACCAGUCUAACUAUAGUUCCUGUAAAGCUUAACGAUGAUGGUGUGGAUCUGAAGGAUCUCGAGGAGCAGGUGGCCAAGCGGCGUUUUGAUUCGAAGACAAAGGAGUUCUGGGGGAUAUACUACACUAUACCCACCUACCAUAAUCCCACUGGGAUAUUGUUUUCACCAGAGAUUUGUCGUGGAAUUGUGCAGCUGGCCCGUAAAUAUGACUUCCUGGUAGUCUGCGAUGAUGUGUAUACUAUUCUGCACUAUGGAGAGAAGCCGCAGCAUUCACGCCUAAUGUCCUAUGAUAACAGAAGUGAUCCCGACUUUGCUGGCCAUGUCAUCUCCAACGGAAGCUUCUCAAAGAUCUUAGGACCUGGCGUACGUGUCGGUUGGCUAGAGGUUCCACCGCGGGUGAAGCCUAUCCUGGAUGGAAGUGGAUUUGCCAACAGCGGCGGUUGCCUUAAUAACUACACGGCUGGUAUUGUGGGAAGUCUCUUCGAGCUAAAACUGGCCCAGGAACAGAUAGCUCGGUUCUUCGAGGCUUACAAGGAACGAAUGCUGGCCACCACCCAAGUGCUUCGCAAUGAGCUGCCCGAGGGAUGCAAGCUAGUUAGUCCUUCGGGCGGGUACUUCAUCUGGGUUCGGAUACCCGAUUCCCUCGAUGCCAGGGAGUUUCUCAAGUACACUUUGGAGCAUCACAAGAUCUACUUCAUAGCCGGACCACGCUUCUCCUUGGAUGGCGAGACGGGUAAGCAGUUCUUCCGAUUGUCCAUUGCGUUCUACCCAAAAGAUAAGCUGGUGGAUGGGGCCAGGAGGUUGUGCCACGCUCUCAGGGAUUAUAUGCAAGCGCUGAAGAUCACCCAUGGCGUAUCUUAAUAUGGCAAAAUAAUGUUUAUUGAUGUGGGCUGACUGCUAUCAUAUUUAAAUAAGGCUUAUAAAGAUGUGACUUGGCACUAAACUACUUAUCAAGAUGUUAUCUACUACAUAAAGAGAUAUAUACGAUAUACACACA